CUUUUUACCUUUUCUAUCUAAACCAACUUUCCUUCAUCCUCAACAUGGCUACUUUCUUUGGUUCCCCACCAAUUUUCUCCCUUCCCCUUCCAAGAACUCAUCACAUUUCUUCAUCAACAGGAACUCCACCACCAACUCCUCCACCAAUUCCUCCACCACAAUCUCAGCCCCCGGUGUCCAAUGAAGCUAAGCAACAGAAGCCCAUCAAACCAGUCACUUCAUCCACUAAGGUUGAAUCCACAGAUUGGAUAGCCACUUCCUUGACCAGAAGGUUUGGGCUAGGAGCAGGUCUUGCAUGGGUUGGUUUUCUUGCAUUUGGCGUCAUCUCAGAACAAAUCAAGACUCGCCUUGAGGUGUCUCAGCAAGAGGCAAAUACAAGGAAUGUUGAGAAGGUGGAAGAGGUGCUACUUCCUAAUGGCAUAAGGUACUAUGAACUGAAAGUUGGUGGUGGUGCUUCACCAAGACCUGGUGAUCUGGUUGUGAUUGAUAUCAUGGGAAAAGUUGAAGACAAUGGAGAAGUGUUUGUGAACACAUUUGAAGGGGAGAAGAGACCAUUGGCUCUAGUGAUGGGAUCAAGGCCAUAUAGUAAGGGAGUGUGUGAAGGGAUAGAAUAUGUGCUAAAAACUAUGAAGGCUGGAGGCAAAAGGAAGGUAAUAGUACCUCCUCAGUUGGGGUUUGGAGAGAAUGGUGCUGACUUAGGCACUGGUGUGCAAAUUCCUCCAUUUGCAACCCUUGAGUACAUUGUAGAGGUUGACAAAGUCUCCAUUGCUCCUGCUUAAUGAUUAAAUGCAAAUUUUCCUCUAGUAAGUUCUACCAUUGUUCAUAAUUCCUUAAACCAAUAAUGCAGGUUGCUCAGCUUGUAUCAUAUAAGAUUAUCCAUUUUUUCUCUCAUUCUUUUCAAUGGGAUUGAAAGGUAAUAUACUUUUCAACAGUCAACAAGUUUGUCUAACUACAAUAAUAUCAACUGUUAGCAGUAAUAUUCAACUUGUACCA